AUGAGGAGUAUGAGGCUGAUAGGACCAAGGAAUUCGAGAUAUGAGUGGGUACAAUACAUCAAGUCACCCGAAGAACUGUCAACCAUCAAGAACAAGAAAGUUCGGCAUUAUUACGAGCGGAACAACGAACUCGUCAAACAAUAUAUCUACAUCGAUCGUCUUCUCGACUCUUCUCUUCCACACGAGCUCAUUCAACAAUAUGACACUCAGCCGCACAUACCUGAGACUAUCGACGAAGAAGCCUCACCCUCAGCAUCAGAGACCUCUGUCGAACGGGCGGCUCACGCUGAGCCGAAGAAGGUUAAACGGACAGCCAGGGACAUAUACCGCAUCCCGCAUGAGACCACGCCCCUUCUCGACGGCCAGAACGGAGGAUCGCAUCCUCAUUUGGCUGUAUACGAGGAAACUGAGGACGACGAAGGCGAAGACGAGAGUAAGAUUGUCACACUCGCGAUCUACAUCAACCUUGCUGCCAACACUGUGCUCCUCGUGGCUAAAAUCAUCGUCACACUCCUCACGUCCUCGCUCUCUGUGCUCGCCUCCCUCGUCGACGCAGCCCUCGACUUUCUCUCCACCGCCAUUGUCUGGACCACAACGCACCUCAUCCGUCGCUCUUCAAAAGACAAAUACGGCUACCCGGUCGGACGGAGACGACUGGAGCCUAUCGGCGUGCUUGUAUUCAGCGUGAUUAUGGUGACCAGUUUCUUCCAGGUGCUACUGGAGUGCGCUAAGCGGUUAAUUGGGGACGAUGACAGCAUCGUGAGGUUGACGAUCAGUGCCAUUGGGAUCAUGGCAGGAACGGUGGUGAUCAAGUUGGCAUGUUGGUUGUGGUGUAGGUUAAUAAAGAACUCGUCGGUGCAGGCGUUGGCGCAGGAUGCGAUGACGGAUGUGGUGUUCAACAUCUUCAGUAUCAUUUUCCCUCUCGUCGGAUACUACCUUUCCCUCUGGUGGCUAGAUCCUCUUGGCGGACUUCUACUCUCGCUCUACGUCAUGAUAAACUGGUCCCGCACUUCCCAUACCCACAUUCGCAAUCUAACCGGAACGGCAGCCUCGCCAACAGACCACUCCGUCCUCCUCUACCUCACCAUGCGAUUCGCUUCCACGAUCAAACAGAUCCAAGGACUCCAGGCGUACCAUGCAGGCGAUAAGCUGAACGUAGAGGUGGAUCUGGUGUGUGACGAGGGAUUGAGGCUGAAAGAGAGUCAUGAUCUGGGGGAAAGCUUGCAGUAUGUGUUGGAGAGCGUGCCGAUGGUGGAAAGAGCGUUCGUACACCUUGACUAUAGGGGUUAUAACUUGCCGGGGCAUUUGGAGCAGGAAGGUUAA